AUGGAAGAGGAAUCUCUUAACAAUUGUUUGUCAAUUGACGAAUAUGACGACACAUACAAAGAGAAGACAAGAAUAUCCGAAGUUGCAGCUGUCACUCUGUGCAAGCUAAACACUAUAUUGAAGCAGAUGAAGCAUUGGAAAGAUGAUCGGGUAAAACUGAGGACCAACAUUUGUCGACUGAAGUUAGCGUUACGCGUUGUUGGAAGAGACACAGACGACGGUCUCUAUGCUGAUCCGUUAGUCGAACAUCAGAAGGCGGAGAUCAAACGACUAGAGGGGGUGAAUCAGUCGUUGAAAAAGGAAAUCACGGACUUUAAGAGCACUUUAUUUGGGGAAGACUAUAUGACAUCUGGCAACGCUUGGACAUCAGACAACAAAUUUCUCAAAGUCAAACAAGAUUUUUAUGUCGAGAACGAACGGUUGAGCAACGAAAUUCACUAUCUCAAAACUCGGUUGAAAGAGGUAGAAGAGGGACAGGUGCACAGUUCCAAAGUAGAUCAUUUGAAAUGUACGCUGAAGCACUUUAUGAUGGUCGAUCACACCAUGGAAAUAAUAUUUACCGACAUAAUCAACAGAGUUGCCGAGACAAUCGCGAAUCUGUCCAAGGAACUUGUAAACGUGAGUGGACACUUGCAAAUGUUUAGAUUGAAGAACGAUAAUUUAUAUUUGAAGAUCGAUAAAUUGAAAGCGUUAGUACGAUCGAAAUGUGGUAACUCGGUGGAUUAUCAGAAGAGGAUCGUCGAAUUAGGCAGACUAGCAAAAUGUCUAAAGACGGAAUUGUGCGUACUCAAAGUUAAUUUUGAAGACGAAUCAUGGAACAAGACUUCCAAAGCGCAGGAUAAUCUCAAAAAUGCCCAACAAUUGGCAAACGAGCUAAAGAACAAACUGAAAAAUGAUUACGAGGCCCUGCUUGCCGCCGGUAAUCCAGAUUGCUUGCAAUACAUUAAAAAGAUCGUUGAUCUACGCUUGAACUUGAAACAGCUGCAUCUUGAACUGACAAAACCAACGUUACUUUCCUGCUGUCCCGACAAGAAAAAAGAGAACAGUAAAUACUGGGAACAGAUAUUCAGUUUGGAGUCUAUUUUGAAGCACAUGUGUAUCGAUAUUGAUAAAUUUAAGAACGAUCACGCGGUGAAACACUGCAAGUUUGAACACACCGAGAGUGUUGAGUAUCUGAACAAAAUGGAAGCGCUUCAGGUGAUCGUCGAAAUAGUAAGAGUAACUAUAAACGGAUUAAAGCUUCAAACAGGAGAAAAUUCAAAGAGAAGGGAAGACAUUGAAAAAUUAAAAGAUCUCAUUGGUAGAAUGUGUCACGAAAUCACGCAAUUGGAAGUGAUCGUUGCGCCGAACGAUAGCUCAAGCUUGUUCAAGCGGAUCGAGGAACUGGAGGAGUCCAUCAUUCGCUUAAAACCAAACUUGAACGAAGAGCAUGAGCGCGCGGAUCUCUUCGAGCAGAAAUUAUUCGAUACGAAAACUUCGCUGGAGCAAAGAACCAUGGAGCUAAAGGAUAUGCAACAAAAGGUCUCGACGUUGACGGAGGAGAACAAAACUUUAAAGGUGAAAGUAAAAAAGACAGAAGACAAAGUGUCAGAAUUACAGCGUGAACGGGAGAAUGACAGAAAGGAAUUGGAACAGCUGCAACAAGUAAGAAAUGAAGUGAAUACAAUAAGAAAGAAAUUGCUAAACCUCCAUACUGAAAAGGACGAACUAUUGAAGGAGAUAGGCAAAAUGCGUGAUGAUUUGCUGAAGAAAAACGAUGAAAUUAAAUUAAUAACUUUCGAAAAAGAUCCAAUGGAGAAGUCAUUGAACGCGAAAAUUGCGGGUACUGGAAACAAUCUUCACGCAACUGCGAAGGAAAAGGUAAAGGUGCAAACUAAAGUAAGCAAUUUCAAAAAAGCAGUACGUAGAUCUAAGGAAACUAGCAAUCUAGACAAGGAAAAUGGGAACGUGAAAGCAACAGAAAAAUCAUCAGAAGAUAUCAGUAUUCAACUGCAGCGACUAAAGCACGAGUUAGAAACAUCGCAAGAGUGCCUGGAUAAUGCGAACCAUGAAAUCGUCAAUCUAAAAGCCAGAUUGGACCAUUUCUCUGACGACAAGGUAAGGCUUGAGGAGAGUAUUUGUCACUUGGAAUCAAUAAAAAAAUUACUCACGUACCAAUUGAGCGUUGAAAAAACUAUCGUUGAGCAGAAGGAGAAGGAAUUGACGAAAAUGAUGUCGGACUAUAAUGAAUUAGACAAAGAAAAGUCUAAUUUAAAGAACGAGAAGGAAACAUUAGGGAUGGAAGUGACAGAUUUAAAAACAGAAAAGGAAUUGCUCCAGAAUUCUAUAAGAAACGUUACGGCGAAAUGCUCUAUACUCGAACACGAGGUCAAGGAAUAUAAGUCUGAGUGCAGGGAGCUCCGAGAAAAGAUAAGGAAUUUCAAAACAAGCGCGGAUGAUUUAGCGUCCAAGUUGCAAGACUCUCAGGCGGAGCUGAACGGAGCCGGAGAUAGAAUAAGACUACUGGAAUUUGAAAAUUCGAGACACCGCGACAGUUUAGCCAAGUUGGCUGUAGAAAACACCGAUUUCAACAACCGUAUGCAAGUGCUCCUGACAGAAAAGGAUGACCUCACGACGCGUAUUAACGAGCUCCACGCUGAGAAUGUCGUGCUGAAGGAUCAGCUGAAUAAAGUUAAAACGGAGAACGAGUGCUCCUCCGUCGAAUUGAAUAAGGUGAGAACGGAGCGUGACGAAGCGAGGUCGGAGAACGCAUCGCUGCGGAAUACCUUCGAUGAAACGAAAAAAAACAACGAGACGUUACAGAAAACAACCGAGGAGCUGAAAAGAAAACUGCACGGCGGUCUCAGCGAGCGCAGAGUACUCGAGAAUCAGCUGAAAAUUUUGGAAUUGAUGAAUGUCACGUUAAAGAAAGAGAAAGAAAUGUUAUAUCGUGAAUAUGUUGGCAGCCUACGAUCUGAACAUCUAAAGGCGGAAUUAGAGAGAGCCGUAGUAAAGGACGUGAGUUUCAACGAACAGGUGAACAGUGGACAGAUUGUCGACUGUAUGCCGGAAAAGUGUGGUAAUGAAAGAAAGUGGAAUGGUACGAAGUCCGAUAAAUGCAUAAAGGGGAAGAUAAAGAUGAAAGAGAGGAACGAUGAAAUGAAGAAGCUACAAAUGGAAAGCGACGCUUUGAAAUUCGAGCUGUCUAACUUGAGGAACCAAAACUAUGAGGUCAGUGUGGAGUUAAGUCGCAAAAAGGAGAAAUUUCAGAAACACGAGAUCGACUUAACGCAGACCACCGUGAACAAAGUCGCAAUCAGACCUACUAUCAAUCUUUAUUGCAAAGAAAUCAACAGUUACUCGGACCACUAUUCUGAAGGCAAUGUAGGCGCAGUAGCGUGUAUUAACCGUUCAGAUGGUUGUUACAACGAACAGACAACGGAUCAAAAGUCCGGAAUAGAAAUCGAGAGACUACUUGAACUCAUAAACAAAAUGAAAAUCGAGAACGUUGCAUUGAAAAUGGAAUUGAAUAAUUUGAGGUGUAACUUUGUCGUUAAUUUCUCGGAGAACGAAAAGAAAUGGUACGAAUUGCAACACGCGUUAGAAGAGAUUCGAGCUUUGAAAGCAGAAUUGACAAAAUUGCGAAAUGAGAAGGCGUCCUUACAAGUUCGACUAGAAACAGCUGAAACAAAAUUGGAUCGGCUGGAUUCGGAGAAGAUCGCUUUGAAAAAUGAGCUUUAUACCUUGAGAAAUACGAAUGCUGAGUUCAAACGCAAAGCGAACGAACUACGGUGCAAUUAUAAAAAAUUUAAGGAAAGAAGUAUAGGUUUUGGAAAUUGCAUAAUGGGAGCAAUGAAAAAGAUAAAAAAGUACACGUUGAGCACGGAAAAUCCAGAUAUCACAGACGACGAACUGAAGGAUCUUUUGAAGAAACUCAUCUCAUACGAAGAACUUGUGCAAUCGAUCAACGAGGUGGAAACAAAUUUCGAAGGCAUAUAUGUUGACGUUGGAACGGCAUGA